AUGCUCGCGAUAAGUCGCCGCUGGGAGAGUCUAACGAGUAUUCCUCUCGAGAGCAUUGAGGCCGAUGAGCCGCCUCUGGUGAACAUUGAAUCCGACAUCAUUGGAUAUGAGAGAAACGGCGAAGAAUCUGUCACUCCUCCACUUGAUGAUGAUAUAGAGAUGACCGCACCUGAAAAACGGUCCCUCUCGCCGGAAGAGGAGGUUCCUGGUGAGCCCCCAAAGAGAAAGGCCGGUCGUCCGCCCAAGCGCCGCCAUCGCGCUGACGUGAAUGAGGAUGCUCCUCCAAGGCGCUCACAGCGAGUCGCCUCCGUUGCUUCUUCAGUCGAUGAGGAGGAUUCCAAGCCAGCCAAGACCCUAGCGAAGCGAGGCCGUGGACGCCCUCCCAAGAAGAAGAAAGCCGCAGCUAUUGAGGUCCCACGAGCCAGCACUCCUGCGAAGAGACGAUCUGAUCGUAUUAUUGCUAAGCCUAAGGCGGCUGAUGUUGAUUCUGAGAUCGAAUGGGAGGUAGAAAAGAUUUUGGUUUCAGGAAUUGACGGUCCUACUGGUGUGCAUCUUUACCUGGUCAAGUGGAAGGGGUUUUCUAACAAAGAGAACACAUGGGAGCCAAAGAAGAAUUUGGGCAACUGCCACAAUCUCCUUGAGGAGUUUGAAAAGAAGCAUUAG